UGUCUUCCGGAAGAAACAGUGCGAGAAGGACACAGCCCAAUACAAGAAACAGAAUAAUUGUAUAUUCAAAAGGUUUGUUUGAGCAGACAUUGCAAACAGUGUGAAGUUAUAUUGUUGCCUAUUCCUCCAUGUUGCUCCGCCGGAUAUCGGCUGUGAGCCAGUGCCUUGCACGGCUGGGAAGCAAGAGAGCCUCAUUCCUUCACCCUGCGCUCUCCUUUACCACGACUCGCUGUCAACAUGUCAGUAACACGGGGGAUUCAGCACAACCUGCCGCUGCUCCAGCCCCUGGGCAGUAUCGGGACACUGUGCUUCUGCCACGGUCAGAUUUCCCAAUGAAGUUAACCGGGCAGAAGAUCCUGGACAGAGAGCUGCAGAUUCAGCAGGACUGUGGAUUUGCUCAGCUGUACACCUGGCAGAGGGAGAGGAAAGCCAAAAAAGAAUUUUGUCUGCAUGAUGGCCCGCCCUACGCCAACGGAGACCCGCAUGUUGGACAUGCGCUCAACAAGAUCUUGAAGGACAUCCGCAACCGCUUCGAGGUGAUGCGAGGGCGGCAGGUGCACUACAUGCCUGGCUGGGACUGCCACGGCCUGCCCAUCGAGCUGAAGGCCCUGGGGGAGCUGGGCACCAGUGGACUCAGCCCUGUGCAGAUACGCAAGAAAGCUCGGGAGUUUGCGGAGGGGGCCAUAUCUCGGCAGCGCGCCGCCUUCCAGCGCUGGGGUGUCAUGGCCGACUGGGACAGCAGCUGCUACUACACCUUCGACGGACAGUACGAGGCCGCACAGCUGCGCGUCUUUCAGGAGAUGCACACCAAGGGUCUGAUCUAUCAGGAUUACAAGCCAGUGUUUUGGUCUCCUUCAACUGGGACGGCUCUGGCAGAAGCAGAGUUGGAGUAUAACCCUGAGCAUGUCAGCAAAGCCCUCUACGCCACCUUCUCCCUCACUGCCCCUCCACCCAAACUCGCAGAAAGUGCAGAGGGGUGGGAGAAUGCCAAAGCCCUGAUCUGGACAACACAGCCAUGGACCAUCCCAGCCAACCAGGCAGUCUGUUACAUGCCCAAUGCCCAGUACUCUCUGGUGACGCGGGCUGAUGACGGCCAGAGGCUGGUGAUGGCCACCGAUCGCGUCGCCAACCUGGCCGCAGCCCUGGGCACACAGCUGGACACCCUCACUACUUUCACAGGGUCGGAGCUAGAGGGCGCUAUGUGUCAGCAUCCCACCCUGACAGGGAAGGAGGUGCCCCUGCUGCCAGCCAGUCAUGUGACCAUGGGCAAGGGCACCGGAUUGGUCCACACAGCACCCGCCCACGGCAUGGAGGACUACAGCGUGGCGUCCCACUUCAAGCUGCCCGUGGACUGCAUGGUGGAUGAGGAGGGCCGCUACACUGAGCUGGCUGGAGCUGAGCUGCAGGGCAAACUGGUCAUGGCUGAAGGCAAUGACACAGUGAUCUCCAUGCUGCGUGAGGCGGGGGCACUGGUGAAGGAGGAGGACUGCGUUCACAGCUACCCGUAUGAUUGGAGGAGCAAGCUGCCCGUCAUCAUCAGGGCCAGUCGCCAGUGGUUCAUCAACACCCAGAGCCUCAAGGACAAGGCCAAGGAUGUUCUUGUGAAGGUGCGUGUGAUUCCUGAGUCUGCGCGCUCCACUCUGCUGACCAUGCUGGACCGCCGCACCUACUGGUGCAUCUCCCGCCAGAGGAGCUGGGGAGUCCCCAUACCCGUAUUCUACCACAAGGAGACCGGAGAGCCACUCAUCAACAAGCACACAGUCACCCACAUCGCCGACAUCUUUGCUGAGAAGGGGAGCGAUAGCUGGUGGGAGGAGCCAAUUGAAACAUUGCUGCCAGAUUCAGUCUUGAAGAAGAGUAAAGCAGGCCCUGUGACGGACUAUGUUCGUGGAGAGGAUGUGCUGGACAUCUGGUUUGACAGCGGAGUGUCCUGGGCUGCUGUAUUACAAGAGGGGGAGGAGGAGGAGAGCUCCACCCAGAGCGAGUCACCACUCAGCUGGUUCUCUCUGCCCAGUGCCCUGGUCCCAGAGUCGGACCCCAGGGCGGAUGUGUACAUCGAGGGGAAGGACCAGCUGGGGGGUUGGUUCCAGUCAUCUCUCCUCACCAGUGUGGCUGUGCGCAAGAAGGCACCUUACAAGACUUUGGUGGUGCAUGGCUUUGCCGUGUCAGAGAAAGGAGAGAAGAUGUCCAAGUCUGUGGGAAAUGUGGUGGACCCAGAAGUGGUCAUCAACGGUUGCAAGGACUCCAACUCUCCUCCAUAUGGGGCUGAUGCUCUGCGAUGGUGGGUAGCCGAGUCCAACGUCUUCUCCGAGGUGCAGAUUGGCCCCAACGCUCUGAACUCGGCCCGGGACAACAUCAACAAGUUGAGGAACACAUUUAAGUUCUUGCUGGGGAACCUCCAGGGCUUUGACCCGCGGACACAGGCUGUGGACCCUAAAGAGAUGCACUACAUAGACCAGUACCUGCUCCAUCUACUGAGGGAGUUUAGCAUGAAGGUGACUGAUGCCUACACAGAGUUUGAUGGGGGACGUGUGGUACGACUCCUGCAGAACUUUGUGUCCAGUGAACUGUCCAGCUUCUACUUCAGUGUCAUCAAGGACCGGUUAUACUGCGAUGCUGAAGACUCGUUAGGCCGGCGCUCGUGUCAGACGGUCCUGGAGGAGGUCUUGGACGGGGUGAGCCGUGCCAUCGCCCCCAUACUGCCCCACCUGGCGGAGGAGGUGUACCUGCACGCACCUGGACAUGACGAGGGUGACACGAUGUUCCAGAGUGGCUGGAUCAAGACCAGCUCGGUGUGGCGUCGGCCGGGAUUGGAGGAGGCGGUGGAGGGGGCGAGUGCCAUCCGGGACGCCUUCUUGUCCUCCAUCCCCGGACGCAACGCCGCAGAGUACGAGCUGAUCAUCGCCAUCGAGCCCGGCCUCUUCUUCGAGCUCAUGGAGCGCCUUUCAAAACACCCAAGGUCCCUUCACAAGUCUCUCCAGGAGGAGCCCACGGCCACCUUCUCCCAGCUGACGGAGCUGAUGAUGGCCUCCCGCGUCACCCUCACCAGCUCGCUGCCACGAGACCUGCCAGAAGAUGCGCUCAUCAGCCGCGGAUCCUUCCUCAUCAACCUGGAGGGUGGUGUCAUCCGCGAGGAAAGCUCCUUCACCGUAGCGGCACAGCCCACCUCCCUGUCCCGGUGCCCUCGCUGCCGACGCUACACAUCGGAUUCGCCGGACUGCCUUUGCUCACGAUGCCAAACCGUCCUCCAGUGAUGACGUCACAAUAGCAUCACAGUUCCUCUUCACCCUGGCUUGAUCUCCUCCUCCUCAUCCUCCUCCUCCUUUCAGCUCCACUCCAUUACAGAACUGAAACUUUAGUGCCACCAGGGCUGGGGCUGGAGGAUAAUUUGGGAGACCAUCCCAGAAUGCCACUUCCUGGGUGGGUUCCAGAGACUGAGUAACUUGAUUGGUGGAUGAAGCAACGAAGGCGCAGGGCAGAGGAUGCAGAGUCAUGCUACUUUAUAGGACCCAAGAUUGAAAAAAAGCAACGAAAGCAAGGCAAUGGAGUGGGAGGUGAAAUGGAGGGGCUCUCUGUGAAUGAGACUUGUCAGUUCCACUUUUUAUUUAUUCUGCUGAGUGGGUUUUGUUGGGCUCUGAACGCAGUUUCACUUUGUUUUACCAAGUCAGUAAUGACUGGACUGAUCUAAAACUAAGGCUUUUGAUAUGUGUAUGUACUGUAUAUUAAGUUUAUGUAUCUGGUUGUAUGCACAAAAAGAAAUGUCUGUGCGUGUGUAAUGAGAGUUUGCUGACCAUGUAAUAUUUUUAAUGAAAAAGGAAAGGGGACCGUGUGCAUGUAUGAAUUUCCGAGUGGCUUUUUGCUGAGCACAUAAAACACUACUCUCUUCUUCACACAUGACGUGUCCUAUUCCGAAUACAAAAACUGUAUGCUUUCGA